GCAUCUGAUCGUAACGAUCUUGUUGAAGUAGAAAGGCAAGUAGAAGCAUUACGCAAACGAAUUCGCAAAGCAAAGAAUAAGCUCGCUGUACCAACUAAAUCAACUACCACACCUGCUGUUGAAGAAGAAGGAGUCGAGGGCGAUACUGCACGUGCUCUUGAAUGGAUGAUCGCCAAUGCAGCUAAAAUGGUUGACGAGAAAGCGAAUGUUCCGAUCGUCGACAAAAUACCUGUUGAUCGGGUGGACGCCGCAGCUGGCACGGAACCUUCGCAUCUUUCAUCAGGAGUUGAGGUCAUUUCCGAACAGGAUCAGUUUGUACUCAAGGAAGAUUUAUCGAACGAUCCGGUUGUCAAAGUAGAUAGAAGAAUCGUGGACGUCAUAGAAAGAACGGACGGUAAGAAAAGAAGGCACUCGACGUAUAGAUGA